GCAAAUCCAAUCGUCUUGUACACUUUUCUUUCUUUUCAUUCUUUAGCGUACCUUUACAGAAGAAGGCGGAGUCGGGGACGACAGUAAGGAGGAGGAGUUCCCUGAACGUCCGCAGGUGAGCGCUUCUCCUCAGUCAGCGACUCACCUGCGUGAGAGGGAGACGUCUGUCUGUCAGCGGCGAUGGCCUCCGAUUGCCACUGCACGCAGGACGUGCUGCUUGACUUCCUGUGCGCGCGCGGAGGUCGCGUGACCAAUGCCGAGCUCCUGGCGCGCUUCAGAGGAUUCCUACGAGGGGAUGUCGACGUCCAGGUGCGCGAGAGUCACCGUCAGCUCUUCAAGAGGUUCGUCAACUCUGUGGCUUUUGUGGAAAGGGACGCCGCUGGGGUGGCCUUCGUGGUGCUGAAGAGACGAUACAGGGAGCUGGUGGGAGAAGAGUGCGACCUCCAAACUGAACCCGAGGAUGAGUGUAGUUCAGACUGGGAAUGCCCCACGGUGGGUGGAAACGCUCGACCACUGUGGGAGUACAAAGAAGAUGGGUGCAGGACAGCCCGUUUAGAGCCAUUAACAGAUUGUCAAAAUGACAUGAACUUAAUGAACCUACAGAGGCCAUUGGGAAGGCUAAACUACGCAGAGUGCAGUGACAUUGAUAGCAAUAGGACAGCACAGCAGCCCACUACUGUGUUGUUGCAGCACAAUAUCUUGGAUACAAUUGAGCAGAACUUUGCAGUUGACCAAUGGAUGAGUCAUGGCCCGGAUCAUCAAUUGGAAAACAGCGCUAUGCACCUUUCCAAUCAGCAGAGCCUUAAGGUACCACAUGACGAAUCUGAGAAUAUCUGUCCUCUCCUUGCGUCUCACUUAAGUGUAGAGCAAGCACUGAACUGGAAACAAAAUUCUCUGACAGCUUUAGAUCCCCCAAUAGCAGACACCUCAAAAGAAAGACAAUUGGAUAUCAGUAAAUCCAAAGAUGAAAGGCAUAAAAGCAAGACCAGUGAAAUUGCUAGGCGCUUGAUGUUUCAGUCUUGUAGUCCACCCGAAAGCCCACUCCAAGUACAAAAUGCGAGGUUGGGGAAUAAAGCCGAAGAUUUGGGUAAAAAUAAACACCAACUGAGGACUGAUUUCACAAGCCAGGUGAUGAAGACAGAAAACCUGGCCCUGGCCCAGAGUGCUAGGUGCUCCUCUGUGACAGAUAUCCAUAAACUGAACACCAAACAUCAUGCACAGAGUCUUGACAAACUAAUACUGGCUUUCAAUGAAAAUGAAUCUUUCACUUCUGGACAGAAUGCCAGAAAAUACUAUAGCAUGGCAGUGGAGUCUGAGUAUGUGCCACGACAGCACUGUGCAUCCAAGGAACUACCAGAGAUGAAUAUGAAGGCUACUCAUACUGUUAACGACAAGAAAAAAACCACCAGUUAUAUAAACCAUGUGCAGGCAGCUGACAGGUUGCUACCAGAUUUCUGUGAAAAUGAAACUUUAGCUCCUGGACAGAACGUCAGAAAGUACCAUAGCAUGGCAGUGGAGCUGGAGUGUGCUCCACAUGAGGAAUGUGCAUAUAUAAAAUCACCUGAACCAAAGCCUAUGCAUACAUAUUACCACACGAGGAAAAACACCAGUUAUACAGACAAUGUGCAGACAGUUGCUUUCAAUAAGAAUGAAACUUUAAAUCUUGGACAGAAUAUGAAAAAGUGUCAUAGCUUGGCCAUGGAGGUGGAAUGUGUAUCACUACAGGAAUGUACAUCCAAGAAACUGCCAGAGCCAAAUUUGAAAGCUACUCUUAGUCAUAACCACAAGACGAAAAACAGCAGUAAUAUAGACUCUAUGCAGAGGGCAGCCUAUGGUAAGGAUGAAACUAUAAUUCCUGGACAGAAUAUCAGAAGGCAUCAAGGCAUAGCAUUAGAAAUGGGGAGUGUUCUGUUGCAAGAAUGUGCACUCAAGAAACCAAAUGAGCCAAAAGCUGCAUGUGUUUACACCCACAACAAGAUAAAUACCAGUAAUACUGAUUUAGCAGUAAAUGCCACUUGCAAGAAUUCUUUCCAGUCUUCUAAUGAAGCUUUGUCAUUGCUCAAAAACAAUACGGUGCCACUGGAUACAAGAGAACAUGAAUGGCUAGUAAAAGCAGCAGUUGGUAAUUGGAAUGAGAUCUAUGGCUUAUUCAAAGAGGAGCCCAGUCUUAUUUUAAAGAAGGAUUUCAUUUCUGGCUAUACAGUACUGCACUGGUUAGCUAUGCAUGGUGACCACCGUGUGCUCAACACUCUUUGUUAUGGAGCAGGCAAAGCUAAGUUGCCAAUUGAUGUGAAUGUUAGAACUACUGGUGGGUACACACCCCUGCAUCUUGCUGUUAUGUACAAAAGGAAGAAAACUAUUAAAAUGCUGGUCCAGAGCUACAAAGCUAAUGUUAAUCUUAGAGACAACAGUGGCAGAAAACCAUGGCAAUACUUGGAAAAGACUGGUUCAUUAGACUUGCGCUAUUUACUAGGGGCACCUCUGGGUAAGCUUAAAAAUGACACUGUGUCUCGACAGUCAUCUACAGACAAAUCUACUUUGUUAACCAAGGAGUCUUUUACUCCUGCAUUAACAAAAAACUCUUUAUUAGCAAGUUUUUUAAAACCACCUUAUUUAUGGAAAAUUGCCAGUUCAAUGUCUGACUCGUAUGAGUUGUAAAAUAUCCUUUUUUGUUUUUUACGUAAUCAUGUAUUUACAGCAUUCUAAGACAGAAUCAUGAUUGCUAUGUCAAUGUUUGUUGUUUUCUUUAAAAAUCUAUGCACAGAGCCUUUGUCUUACGGAGUCAGUCAGUCAAUCGUUUUUUUUAACAUAUUUUGUAAUGGGGCAUUGUGACAAACAAUAGGUGUGCCUCACUGCUAAUUAUCUGGCAAACCCAGCCCAUUUAGUAUAGCCGAAUGAUACAAUGGGGUAAAUUCCAACACAUUAGUCACUUACUAGUUUUCGUUUAGCGAGUUUAUAACAGGUUUCUAAUUGUUUGGGAAUGAUGGAAAAGUUUAAGAACAGCCAGACUUCCAUUUCAGCAGUUGAAAAAAAUUUGUAAAGUGUACUUUAAUAGUUAAUUCUGAAAGCGAAAGAAAUGAUUUACAACAUGCACUUUAUUCUUUGGAAAUAGAGUUUGAGUAUUGGAGUUAUUUUCAUGUGUAUCUUGAGUGCAAUAAAACUAGAUAUACAGUACACCAGAUGUUGCAUUGGCUAAAUAGGAACAUUGCAUGCUAAUGAACUGCCAGCCAAAGAGAUAUGAUUUAUCUUAAAAAUAGUCCUUUCAAAGAUAGGUCAUUAGUGCGUAUCACAGUUGCAUGACUAAAACCUUCAUGUUUCAUAUUGGCUUUUCUUUAAUGUUGUACUAAUUUCAACAAAAAAGGUUUUUAAAGAAAGAAAGAAAAACAUUUCCACAACCAAAUUGUCUGGUAUAGGGUUAAGAGAAGCUGGAGCCAUCCCCUACAGCAACUUUCACAUGGCAGUAAUUAAUACUGAUCCCAAUGCCAUUCCUUCACAGAGCAGAAAACACCCGCACUCAUUUACAACAUGUCAGUUUUGAGACAACAGUUAGUUUAACAUAGUUUAAUGUGUAACAUUUUAAAGGAAAAAAGAGUAGUCAUUAACAAAAGGGGGCAGGUUAUACACAGGAUGGGAACCUAGUCCAGGUCCGAGGACAUGUAAGACAGCAGCACAAACAACCACAAUAAAGACUUUUCACAUUUUAUUUCACAUGAUAUAUUCAUAAUUUCAUGAUCCUUAAAAUUUCUUCUUGCACCAAAGUCUCAUCAAAGCUUAUAUUUAUUAAGAUGUUAUGAUCAGAGUAAAUCAAUAUAUAUUAUUAUACAUAGAAAGUACACUUAAAAAUGUGUAGUGUUUCAUUAUCACAUUGUACUUUUGGGCAAUGAUUUAAUGUUAGCUGAGAAAAAUAAUAAGAAAAUCACUAAAAGUUAUAUUUUUGCCUCUUUAGAACAUCAGCAAUCAUAGGCUUACAUACCAACCUGCACCUAAACUUUAAUGUUCUCCAGCUUAUGGGAGCAUACAGUGGAUUUGUGGUAUUUCAGGCCUAUUGUAUAUUUAUUUAAAUUUGGUUGAUUGCUCAUUUUAUAUAUUUAGUGAUGUCUGAAGUACACAGUUUAUUUUUAUAAUGUGGAUUUUUAAAGGGUUGGAUAAAAAACAUUUUAAGAUGUUUAGACUCUACAGAGAACUUUACUUUUGGACCAUGAAUAAAGUGGCAUUGCAAUGAAAUUUAAAAGUUAAUAAGAACCUGAAUUUCCACCCUCCAUCCAUUUUGUUGAACCCAUGAGAACCAAGAAUCUAUAUUUUGUGCAAAACAGUAGCUAGAUACACAAGAAACACCAGUGUAUUUCAAGCUCAGGUGUUAACACACAAACAAAUAAGCUUAUACACACUUACACCAUAGCAUCAACACUCACAGUUGUGACAUCUUGUGUUUGGAACGCUGAAGGAAGCCCCUGCUGUCAUGAGUAGUGUGUGCAAAUUCCAAUCAAAAGGCUACACGAUCUUGAACAAGACCUGAGGCUAACGUGGCAAUGACACCACAGUGCCACCUCUGCAGACGCAAAUGAUUUUAUUUAUUAAUCACAGCAAAUUCCAUAGUAGAUAGAGCUACAAGGAUGUAAAAAAAAAGAUAAUUUUAGCAAGAUCUUAUUGGGAAAAGACAUUACAUAAACCUAAUUAAAUGAACUAUGUAAAAUCUGUAUCUUGAAGUAUAUUAAUUAGAAGUACAUAUCUUCUUUUGAACAGGUUAAAAAUCUCUUUUACAUCACACAUUUUCAGUCAGUUCCAAAAUAUUUGGUAAUGAAGGGUAUAAGUUGCACAUAUAGCUGGUUUGAAUGAGGACUUUUUCUGUUCAUUUAUUGGUUAGUUCAGUUUAGUUAGUGCUAAAAGCUGAGCAUGCUAAGAAACAGGAGAAAACAUUUUGUGUAAAUUAAAGCCAUUCUCUUUGUAUAUUAUUUGAUAUGUGAAUAUGCUCAGUAUUGAUGAAUAGUGAUCCAACCAAAAAUUCCAAAAUAGCACUCCGCCAGAAGAUGUUUUAACAAUACGUGCAUUAAAUAAUGAAAAUAUACAAUGAUUUAAAAAAAAAUUUAAACUGAACUUAACAGGAAAUAAAUACUCAAAACACUACAAAUAUAUUAUCUUCAGUCAAGUUGCUGCCACUCCCUCAAGGUUUUCAAAGUGGUUUUAACUGUUUAUUACAAACACAAAGCUUGCCAAAGAGGAAGUAGAAACAUUUACCAGAGCAAAUUCCAGCCCGUGUAGAUGUAACGCUUAAUGGAGUUGGUGAUAGGUUGCUUCAUUUAGAAAAGAUAAAAAAGAUAAAGGUUUUUUUAAGGUGAAAAAAGAAGGUCAGGGACCCAGUGUUUUGGCUGUUUAGCGUUCCUCAGGUGUGUUGCAUAACACGUGGUGAAGGCUACACAGCCAUUUCUAACCUUCUUUUCUUUUUAAAGUGUGAAAUUAACCUUUACUUUUUUUCCUAAUUCAGAAUGAAUUGAGGCCAGAAUGGUUGGUUGGUUUAAAGGAGGUGGAUUGCCAUUUGUAAGUUGGUUUGAAUAAAAGCAUCAGUUUAGCAAAUGAAUAAAUGUAAAAUACAAAGUGUUUUAGUGAGUACAGUUACAAGCAGAGAAUUCUGUUAUAUGUAAAUGCUUAUUCACAUACUAACAACAUUUAUAAAUUCCUGUCAUCUUCUGUUUGUAAUAAAUAGUGAAAUAGUGAUAUGGAAAAUCCUUAAAUCCCAUUUUAAUUACAGAUCACAUAGUAUGAGGAAUCAGCUGUAAUGACAGAACCUUAAUUUUGCUUAAAGACAAUGCAGAUUUUAUGUUUCGUUAUAAAGAACCUUUUGUCAUAUUUAUGCUGAGCUAAACUAUGCUAACCAUGCAAAGCUGCUAAGUUAUUUGAAGUUCAGUGUUCAGAAUAGCACUGUUAAAACUGUUAAGUUAGAUUUAAUGUUUUAAAAUGAUUGUAUGCUAAUAAUGGAAAGCUGUUUUUAUUGUAAAACGUGUUUCUCACUGUUUCAUAUAGUUUUUUUUUUUUAAAAUGAUGGUGCAAUUUAUCAUUUGGUUGAUAUUUUAUAAUAUAUCCAGUUCACAUUUUCUGAAUAUAACAUUUUAGCACUACUUAAAUUAUCUGAAAUUAAUUCACAUGAGGUACAGCUUUUACCUUUUUUACAGUAUUAUUGAUUUAUCUGUUGUGUACAAUUACUACUUGAGCGCUCAAAAGAAGCUUUUCAUUUGCUUGCCAAACUUCAUCCCUAUCCUCUCCUAUUGCCAUAAGCUCUGUGCAGUGACCAAAAGAAUGACACAGUGGGUACAAGUGACCAAAAUGAGGUUCUUGCACCGUGUUGCUUGGUUCACUCUUCAAGAUGGAAACUCAGCAGUACAGGAGAGCAAGAGUAGAAACGCUGCAUCUUUGGAUUGACAGGAACCAUUUUGAAGGGUUCUUGGCAAGUUGUGACGACAUACCGGGCACAGCCCACUACGAGAAGAACCACGAUGAAUCAAGGAUAUACUAUAGAGAGUUUGUCUCUCGCCGGUUUUAGGAGCACCUUGAGAGGCCCCACAGAGGAGCUAAAUACAAUUGCUGUGGAUAUUGUUGCUUGGUCUUUUCAGCUAUGCGUGUUGUGACAGAUACGUGAACGGAAAAGGAGGAAGAAAGAAAAGAAAUGACUCCUCAUCUCUACUGCAGAUGCAGAGUAAGAGCGAGUGGAUUGAUCAAAGCAUUUUAAGCUUAUACUAUCUUAUUAACCAUAAAUACCAUUUCAUCUCAGCAGGAUACUCUGUUGUUCAUUCUCCUAUAAAAAAGCAUGACCAACCACAUCAGAGCAAAAUGAGUAGAGGUCAGCGAGGAACCUUACUUUUAUCAAACUCAUUUGAAACACACACGCAUAUUUUGGCAAAUAUUCAAAAAUGGCAGAAUCAAAACUAAAAAACAAAAUUAUGUAAAAGGUGUUGGACAAGUCUCUGAUUUGAACAAACACUGGAUACACUGAAAUGCUCUUGGAGUUUACAGUUACAAGUGUUACAGAACUAAUGGAAUGCAGAUAUCACACAGACAGCUACUGUAUACUCUGAACUGCUUAAUCCUCAAAGCCUGCCCAGACAGUCCAAGGUGGAGUGCAAGUGAACGCAUGCACACUCUCGUACCUGGGGUAACCAUGAUCUCUAUUCAUUUUGUACUUUUUCUUGAGUUUUGGAUUACAGUAUUUCUUUUUUUCUAACUGUUUUUUGAAAUGUAUCCUUGUUCAUAUGGUGCAUUCUUUGGCGUUGCUUUGCUGAUGUCAUCACUGGGGCCCAUGCCACUGUAGUGUAGUGCUGAUGCUUUGGGGUUGAAUCCCAGCCUGGCCACUGCCUGUGUAUAUUUUUCACAUUUUUCCUGCAUCGUUGUGACUUCUCCCCUAUCUCAAUGGCAUAAGGGUUCACUUAAUUAUUGGUUCUAAACUGUGCCCACAGUAGAUCAGCACUGUGUUUGUGUGAGAAUUCUAAACCACGGGUGUCAGACAACUUCUUACUUAGUAAAUAAUUACAGCUUUUAAUGGAACACGCUUAUAUUUGACUUACUUUAAAUUUCAGAACCCUCGAUUAUUUCCAUGUUGUCUAUCCAGCAGCCAAAAAAUAAUGAGAUGCAAAAUGGGCCAACAGAUAACCAGCUAACUUGACAGCAUUUGGCCCUUUGUGUCCAUCAUACAAUAUUUAAUACAAUAAAAUAAUUGAAAAGGAAAAGAUUGAGGGUCUAAAAAAAUAUUGAUCAGCUCUGGUCCACAAAACAUUUAAAUGGUAAAUCCCCAAUUUUGUAAUUGUCUUUUGUGGCAGAAUGACACCACUAUCAGGCCAUUGAAUUAAACACAUUUCAUUAGAAACUGGAAUUGACUUCUAAUUAAGGAAUUGGUUAGAGACAACAUGAUGAUCUUCCAAGAACUUUAUUUGAAAACCCUGAGUUAGCUGGUUAUCCAUUGACUCCAUCUUAAUCUCAUUAUUGUUUGGCUGCCAGUUAAGGAAAAAAACAAUUGAAGAUUCUUAGUCUUACACAAAAAAUGAAAGAAAAAUCAUUGUGGUCAGAUGGCAGUACUAAGUAAGACCUGCAGCCCUCCAAGAUCUGAGUUUGACAUGCCUAUUCUAAGCUCUUCCACCCAAUUCAAAAGCAGGCUGUUUUUGACUACAGAAUUUCUUCCAUUUGGAAGUCUCUGGGCAGCAGUGGCUUCUUCUGUCAUCCAUAAUGUGUCAGUGCAUGACAACCUAAAAAUUCAUGCCCAAGUAUGUGACACUCCCUAGCAAACUACAGUGAAAGCCCCUCAAGUCUGAUUUUUGACCUCCUCCUUCUGCACUUCAUACAUGCCUUCCAAAUACAUGGAAAGAACAGACAUCCCUGAUAAAGUGGAUGCUUGUGGCAUUUAAAGUUAAUAUUUCUUCUUCCCAUUGUAUAUUUUUCUUUCAUUCCUGCUGUUUUGAGUUAUUUUGAAAUAGUCAUGAUGUUGUUUUUCUGUGCAGAAUAGAAAGAAGUGGUACAAUAUAUAAUUAAAGUGGCAGUGAUUCAUGCAAA